AUAAAAUGUUUUCCACUUUUCCAUUUACGGUUCAGUCGAAAGCUUCAAAUCGUUGCGUUCACAACAAGGGAAAUAAGAAAAGCGCAUAAUUUUCACUCAACACUUGCUCGUACAGGAAUAAAGAAAAAUAUAUAUUAUUAUCCUGUCGUGUUAAUUUUAAAUAUUAAAAUUGACUGCGUGUGUGAAUAGAAAAGAAAAAAAAAGACUAUAAAGUGUUGGUUUCUUUAUAACUUUCUUGAGAAAGCUAAAGAAACUUCUUAACUUCUAACUUAAUCAGAGUACAUAUAUACUUAUAAAUUACUACAUACCUGCAUACCGAUCCGACGACGCACUAACUUACUUAGCAACCGACCAUCCGAUUAUUUCAAGUACAAAAAGUUAGUACGACGAAAUCAUCCAAGUCCACAACGAGUGUUUCGAAAGAAGCAAAUUGUGCUAUUAAAUUUAAAUAAGAAACCACAAAAAUUAAAAACAACACAAAAAUGGCCACUUAUGCUGCAUUUAAACAUGUUGAACUUUACAACGUUGGCAAAACCAAAAAGAGGGUCCUGAGACCUCCAGGCGGUGGCACCAGUGACAUUUUCGGCGGUGACCUUCCACAAACACCACGCAACGUUAAAAAUCACAUGCAAUCAAAUAUUUUCUCAUGUGACAAAAAUGGUGCUGUUAAAAAUAACGUACGACAAGGAGCUCACAGAUUCUAUUUCAUUGGUGAUCAGCCACGUCGUGGACAACAGAAGGUUGACUCAUAUCAGCGUCUUUUCGGUGAACCAGAACGUCCCAAUACUCCCGCCAGGAAUCACAUGAGGAGCAACAUUCCAUUUGGUUCAAAUACUGAGGCCGCCCAAGAAUUAUUGGCAAAUGGUAAUGGUCAUCACAGCAAUGGCAAGGGUGGUUCGGUGUCUACUUCGACAUCGUCCUCAGUUUCGUCGUCCACUGAGAAUUUGAAGAUGAAUGGUGUUUCGAAAAUAGAUGGCAAUCCCGUCACUGGUGAGGGUUAUAAGCCCAGCAAUUCAUACAACAAUGCCGUGCCCACACUGAAUGGUGCCAACCAGGUCAUUAAUAAGAAUCGCAUUCCACCAGGUGGAUUCUCGUCGGGACUCUGGUAAAUUUCCGAAUUCAUCGCCUGAGUAUUUUGUUCGUUCUGCGUCGUUACGAAAAAAAAAGAAAUUAUUGAAAAAAGAAAACAAAAAAACAUUUCAACAACAGAGAAGCGAUGGUCUGAGAUGAAGUGAUGAUACCGAGAAAGGAGAAAUAAAAACAAAAUCAAUAAAAGCAAAUAAUUACAGAAAACAACAAAUAAAAUAAUCGAAGGAAGGAGUUUUUACAAAACUAGUUUUAUAGCGCGAAACAAAAUGAUUAAUGGAUGUUGGAAUGGAUGACUGGAUGGAACGCAUAAUAGUGGAAAACAUUUUUUUUUAUGAAAUACUCUUAACAACAACAACAUGUGAAAAGGAAAAUAUUGGGAAAAUAUUCGACGGUGGUUAAGGAAAUAGGAAGCCGCAAAAUAAUUAGUAUUUAAGCCAAAUCGGAGAGGAAUAUGGACAGCGAAGCAGGAAAAAAACUUACACACAACGGCACACACAUACAUACAUACACAAAACUGUUGUUAUACAGUGCAAAAAAACGACGUAAGAUAUUAUUUGCAAGUUUGUGGUUAUCCAAACCCUGCCCCAACAAAAACAGAAAAUUUAAAAAUAAAAACCGUCACAAAAGCUGCGACUACAGCAACUGGCAAAUGGUUAAUGAACGUUUCGAAAGAAAGGCAAAAAAUGAUGAAAUGCCAACAUAAUACAAGCAGCCGAAAAUCAAAAGAAAAAACAAACGCAAAAUUUACAAAUAUAAAUAAAUAUUAAAAAGCAAUAUUUGAGCAAAAAUGUAACUGCAAAUUACAAAAAAAAAAAUUAAAUAAAUAACAAUAGUAACUCUAUAAGUAACAAAUGUUCAUUGCAAAAUUGAGAUCUAUGCACACAAGCAUAAAAUCUAUAAUUUUCCGAAACUUCAAAACUCGAAAACUCCAAAAACUGCACAUGGCAUUUGGCAUUUUCGUGCGUUCAUCAUCAAUUGCACCAAAAACACACUCACCACCAAGUCAAAUUGGUAAUUUGAAAUUGCCCACAAAUUGGUAGUGGCUUUGCAUUUCAAUAAUUUUUUUUUUUGUUUUUUCAUUUUUUCAUUGUUCAAAAGAUAUGCAUCACAUGCUACAUGCAUACAAACAUACAUACAUACAUACAUUAGAAUACGAAACUUGAAAGUGUACGAAAAAUGCUCAUUUAACGAACUGUUGCAGCGCGUUUUUAAUAAUAAUAACAACAACAACAAAAACUCAACGAACUGCACAAACGACGAGGUCGAUUUAGACGAUUAACCAAACAGUUGUUGCUUUAGAAACUAAAAUGUAAAAUUAAAAAAAAAAAA